CCACCGCCCUCGUCCGCGGUCGUCACUCCCAUCCCCACCAUGACUUCCACCAUCGAUCCUAGCUCGAUCGGCAAGCCCGCGAAGAACGCCAAGUCCUCGCAGCGUCGGCAUGUGCGCACGUUGACGGGGUACACCCCCGAGACCGACGCCGUCACUGGCAAGGAGAAGUGGCCCGUAGGCGACGAGAAGGCUUGGAAGGACGGGAUCCCGGCUCUCACCACUGAGGUACCCAGCAUCACCAACUCCGUCGUGCACCACGUCCACACCUCUCUCGCCCGGCAAGCGUACAACCUCGACAACCUGGGCGCGUACCAAGCGUCCGCGCUCUCCGUUCGCGACAACCUCCUCGUUAAAUGGAACGAGACGCAGUUGCAUUACUCGCGCAAGGCGCCUAAGCGCGCGUACUACCUCUCGCUCGAGUUCCUUAUGGGCCGUACGCUCGACAACGCGCUGCUUAACCUCGGUUUGAAGGACAAGUACCAGGAUGGGAUCGAUAAGCUCGGGUUCAACCUCGAGGACUUGCUUGACCAGGAGCGCGACGCGGGGUUGGGCAACGGUGGCCUCGGACGCCUCGCCGCGUGCUACCUCGACUCCUCUUCGUCUCAGGAAUUGCCCGUAUGGGGAUACGGUCUCCGCUACAAGUACGGCAUAUUCCAACAGCUCAUCGCGCCCGACGGCAGCCAACUCGAGGCGCCCGACCCCUGGCUGGAGCACGACAACCCAUGGGAGCUCCCGCGUACCGAUGUGACGUACCAAAUCCGCUUCUAUGGGCACGCGGAGCGCCUCGACGCGAGCAAAGCGAUCUGGAGCGGCGGACAGGAGGUCAUUGCGAUGGCAUACGACACGAUGAUCCCGGGCUACGACACGAAGAACACCAACAACCUGCGUCUGUGGGAGAGUAAGCCCCAGCGCGGGUUCGACCUUCAGAGCUUCAACGCUGGAAACUACGAGCGCGCAGUAGAGGCCUCCAACAGCGCUGAGGCCAUUACCUCAGUCCUGUACCCGAACGACCACACGACGUUUGGUAAGGAGCUCCGUCUCAAGCAGCAGUACUUCUGGACGGCGGCAUCUCUUGCGGAUAUCGUGCGCCGCUUCAAGAACCUGGGCAAGCCGCUCUCCGAGUUCCCCGACUUCGUUGCCAUCCAGCUCAACGAUACCCACCCGACGCUCGCCGUCCCCGAACUGAUGCGCAUCCUCGUCGACGAGGAGGACAUCCCCUGGGACCAGGCCUGGGAUAUCGUCACCAACACGUUCUUCUUCACGAACCAUACGGUCCUGCCCGAAGCGCUGGAGAAGUGGCCUGUGCCGCUCAUGACCCAUUUGCUUCCCAGGCACAUGCAGAUCAUCUUCGACAUCAACCUGAUCUUCCUGCAAGCCGUGGAGCGCAAGUUCCCUGGAGACAGGGAGAGGCUCGCGCGCAUGUCGCUCAUUGAGGAGGGCGUGCCCCAGCAGGUCCGCAUGGCGAACCUCGCUUGCAUUGGCAGCAGGAAGGUCAACGGUGUCGCUGAGCUGCACAGUGAGCUCGUGCGUGCGACCAUCAUGAAGGACUUCGUCGACUUCUACGGCGUCAGCAAGUUCUCGAACGUCACCAACGGCAUUACGCCUCGUCGCUGGCUGGACCAGUGCAACCCGGGCCUGAGCAACCUCAUUAGCGAGACGCUCAAGAUCCCCAAGGCGGCGUUCCUGAAGGACCUCACCAAACUCGAGGGUCUGCUCGAGCACGUCGACAACCCGGCGUUCCAGAAGAAGUGGGCGGUGGUGAAGCAGAGCAACAAGCAGCGCCUCGCGCACUACGUCGAGACGACGCUCGGCCUCAAAGUCAACACGAACGCCAUGUUCGAUGUCCAGAUCAAGCGUCUGCACGAGUACAAGCGUCAAACGCUCAACAUCAUGGGUGUCAUUCACCGCUACUUGACCCUCAAGGACAUGACUCCGGAGGAGCGCAAGAAGGUGAAUCCGAAGGUUGUGUUCUUCGCCGGCAAGGCCGCGCCCGGAUACUACAUCGCGAAGCUUACCAUCCGCCUGAUCGUCAACGUCGCCCGGAUCAUCAACGAGGACCCGGAGACGAAGGACCUGCUCAGCCUCUACUUCCUGCCAGACUACUCCGUCUCGCUCGCGGAGAUCCUCAUCCCGGCCUCCGACAUCAGCCAGCACAUCUCGACCGCCGGAACGGAGGCGUCCGGCACGUCGAACAUGAAGUUCUGCCUCAACGGCGGCCUCCUCGUCGGCACCGUCGACGGUGCGAACAUCGAGAUCGCGGAGGAGGUCGGCGAGAGCAACGUCUUCUUCUUCGGCCACUUGACGCCCGCGGUCGAGGACCUGCGCUACCAACACUUGUACCACCCGGUGCCCAUCGAGCAGAAGUGCCCGCCGCUCGCGCGUGUGCUCAACGAGGUGUCCGCGGGCCGCUUCGGCGACGGCGGCGCGUACGAGCCGCUGCUCAACACCGUCCGCCAGAACGACUACUACCUGUUGACGGAGGACUUCGAUUCUUACAUCCAGGCCCUGAAGCUCGUCGACGAGGCGUACCAGGACCGCACAGAGUGGAUCAAGAAGAGCAUCAAGACCACCGCGAAGAUGGGCAAGUUCAGCUCCGACCGCGCCAUCCAGGACUACGCCCAGGAGUACUGGAACAUCGAGAGCACGAAGGUCGAGUAGACGCUUACUCACUCGGCAUCCUGCUCUGUCGAGCGCAAAACGCACGGGGCCAGAAACUAAAUACCAAAUGCGAAUGUAUACCUAGCGGUACGAGUAGAAUGUAUGCUGUACAGAUCGGCCGUGUAGCUACGAACGGACUAUUCAUGUCGUAGACUCGUCCCGCAGCCUGAUAGAUACUCGCGGUGGUCCUUGUAGGUAUUUUGAUUUGACUUUUAUGCGCGCAACCAGC